CAACUUCAGACGUCUAUCCGCAACCAAUGUCAUACGGAGGCCCGCCACCAUUUCGUGGGCCGCGUAGCCGCUAUCCGCCACAUCAAACAUCUCUACCUCAUCGCUCUGCACCUUCAGCACAGCAGCAGGGACAUGUUUCUAUGAUGGAUGCUGAUGAGUCAAUGAUGUCUGACAACAAACGAACAAGAAAAGUUGUCAACCGUAAGACAAUAGACUACAACUCAUCAGUGCUUCGUGGUUUAGAGGAUCGUGUGUGGCAGAGGGAUCAUAGAGAUAGACGAGCGCUGCAGCCGAACAUAUGUUAUUAUGGAGAGCUUACGGCUCCUCUCAAUCUUCUCGAUGUUCCGGUGAAUGCAGUAACUUCAAAGUUUGUUCGAACGUCAACGAACAAAUUUCGCUGUCCCAUUUUUUGUGUAACGUGGACACCAGAAGGACGGAGACUUAUGACUGGAGCUUCAAGUGGAGAGUUCACUCUUUGGAAUGGCCUCACAUUCAACUUUGAAACUAUUCUUCAAGCUCAUGACUCUGCUGUGCGUACGAUGGUAUGGAGUCACACGGACACGUGGCUGGUGACAGCAGAUCACAGUGGAUUUGUGAAAUACUGGCAAAUCAAUAUGAACAAUGUGCACAUGUUUCAGGCACACAAAGAAGCGGUACGAGAAGCGAGUUUCAGUCCUACGGAUGCCAAGUUUGCUACUGGUUCAGAUGAUGGGACAGUUCGUGUCUGGGACUUUUUGAGGUCGGAUGAAGAAAGAGUUAUGAGAGGACAUGGUUCUGAUGUUAAAUGUGUAGACUGGCAUCCUCAGAGAGGUUUGAUUGCGUCUGGUAGCAAGGACACACAACAACCAGUGAAACUGUGGGACCCCAAAACGGGAUCUAGUCUCACCACAUUGCAUGGACACAAGAGCACUGUAAUGGAAUGCAAGUGGAAUAUGAAUGGCAACUGGUUGUUGACCGGCUCUCGAGACCACCUACUGAAAGUCUUCGACAUUCGAAUGAUGAAAGAACUACAAACGUUUCGAGGUCACAAGAAAGAAGCCACAGGUACAGUCAUCACAGAAAGUACCACAGGAAUGACAAUGAUCAUAACGUUUUGCUUUCAAGCUGUGGCAUGGCAUCCUAUCCACGAAUCUUUGUUUGCUAGUGGAGGGUCCGAUGGUUCUAUGAUGUUUUGGGUAGUAGGAUGUGAGAGAGAGAUAGCCUCUAUGGAUAACGCACACGAAGGGAUGGUGUGGAGUCUGGCUUGGCACCCGCUCGGUCACAUACUCUGCUCCGGAUCGAAUGAUCAUACAAGCAAGUUCUGGACACGCAGCCGUCCUGGUGACCAACAGAAAGACCGUUGCAGUGCAGGUGUCGACGACGCAGACAUACAUGUUGCUCCUUCGGCUGCUGAUCAUGCAGGUGAUGCUAAAGAUGAAGUGAUCCCUGGCAUCUCAGGCAGUGUCUUGUCUCCCCUGUCCAGUCCUCCGCCUUUCCUGAUGGUCAACGACGGUCUUACAGGCGCCUCCAAGCAAGAAGGCAAACGAAAAGACUCACCGGCCUCGCUACUCCCGCCGUUCUUUCAACCUCCGCCGCCUCGAUUGUUAGAAAAGGAUCCGCGGGAUCGACGGGAUCUGCGCAUGGACGACCACUUUAUGCCUCCCGCGGAGCCUAGCAUGUCUCCAAGAGAGGAUCGGUCUUCCAGACGCAGGGGGGUGCGUGACUUCGAGUUCGGUGGGGAACGUGAUUCGUCCUCCAUGCCACCUGAAGACACUAGAGGUAUGGAGCAACCACCAUUUAGUAGGAGGCCACCUCUACUCGGUAUGGCCCCUGAUUUGGUGGGCCCCAUGAGUGGAGGUCCGGGACCGCGUCAGUCGGGCGCGCAAAUGCGCGGUCUCAAUGAUGACGACGAAAUGGGUCGCUUCCGCGCGGGAUAUCCGCGGGAGGAAGAGGUGAUGUCUAACGUGGCAUCGACUGACGCACACUUUAUGGGAGAACGACGCGAGUUUAGGCGUCCCGGUGGAGGAGAGCGUCAGCAAGGCGAUUCUCAUCUUCAUGGUGAUCGCCAUCAUGGUCAACCACCCGACAGACUCGAGUUCAUGUCGCACAGACAUACACACGGUGCUCACAUUCUUCCCGAUCGACGCCCUCCACUCAUGCCAGACUAUAGGCAUGAAAGAGGAUUUUAUGACAGAGGGCCGUAUCCGUUUGGUCCUCCUGGAGAGUUCCAUGGAAUGAGACCGCCUCACGGUGAUGAGGACAGGGAAGUGAGACAAAGAGGAAUGGAAGGGCACCAGUUUAGUCGAGAGCCAAUGCACAGCAGGGAGCCGAUGAUGCACGGCAGAGAGCCAAUGCACAGCAGGGAGCCGAUGAUGCACGGCAGAGAGCCAAUGCCUGGUGGUCGAGAAUCAAUGCCUGGUAGAGAACCAAUGCCUGGUAGGGAACCAAUGACUGGUAGAGAGCCUACGCCUGGUAGAGAACCAAUGCCUGGUAGAGAGCCUAUGCCUGGUAGAGAGCCAAUUCCUGGUAGAGAGCCAAUUCCUGGUAGAGACAGAGAGUUGAUGCCAGGCAGAGAUAGAGAGUUGAUGCCUGGAAGAGACAGAGAGUUGAUGCCUGGUCGAGAUAGAGAGCCAAUGCCUAGUAGAGAGCUGAUGUCUGGUGGUAGAGAGGCGAUGGCUGGUCGACAACCCAUGCCUGCUCGAGGACCGAUACCUGGCAGGGAACCAAUUCCUGGUCGAGAGCUGUUUGGUCGAGAACCAAUGUCUGGUAGAGAUCAAGGUCCUGGAAGAGAACCGGUACCUGGUAGGGAACAAGUGGCACGGCCAGAGCCUCUACUCUCAGGUCAAGAACCUAUGCGGCAUCCAGAUCCGCGCAUAGCCACGCAAGGGAAGAAACCUGAAGCGCGGCGAAGUAGCAUGGAACGUCCACAAGGUCGCGAGCCCAUGCCCGGUGGAGAACGAAUUCCUCGUCGAGAACCGCUGCUGCACGUGCAGCAGCCGAUAGCAUCUCGCGAGCCCCUCAUUCCAAGCCAGGAGAUAAGAAGCAGUAUGGCUAAUCAACAACCAAUGUCUGGACAGCAUCGCAAUGUGCCACCCAGUUUAUCCCAGACGGGCCCAAUGAUGUCGGGCAUGGCAGGCCCUCCUAGGGGUUAUCCUGUUAGUUCUGGCCAUACAAAUGAUCGAGAUCAACGUCGCCAGUUUACACCCCCUGAAGAUAGAUCCAGGGGCCACCCUUGGCCUAUGGAUACUCAAGUUGAUCCGGGAUACCCUUUUCAGCCACAGUCACAGUCAGGCUUUGCUGGUGAUCCACGAACUGGACAGCAGAUGGGGUUUUAUCCACGAAAUGCUCUAGUGGGGAACCCUCGAGAUCCCCGAGAUAGACCGGAGCGACAGACUUGGCGUGGUAGAGAGGGACCCAGUGAGGACGGAAGAGGACGAUUCGAAUAUCGGGAGAGGGAAAGAGAGUGGGAGCGAGAUGGCGGCUACCACGAACGCGGAAGCGAGUGGGAACGAGAGCGGCAGCUUGAUGGCGAAAGGCAACGAGAAAGGGAAAGACCGAGUGGUAUGGAUUACGGACAAGACAGCAGGGGAAAGUCUAGAGACAGAAAACGGCGUUGGGAGGAAGAACAGAAGGGUGACACACCUGUACCAGAGACCGGUAAUGCCGGUCAGCAAGGACCGUUUAAUCCACUUGAAAAACAAGGGUUCAGUUGACAUGCAACUUAGGCAC